AUGCGCUGGCAAGCAAAGCCCUCGACUUCAGGCGGCCCUCACCACCUCUACGCCACCCACCUGGACUCCCACAUCAACCUCACGCUGUACCAGCUUGCCGCAUCUGGUUCCCCUCCCCACCAGCAAAGACUUCCCUACGCCGCCCUCCACCAUUCGUCGCCCAGCUCAGCACCGCUGUGCUGGCCACCCUCCUGCCUCAAGCACCCAUAUCACACAAAUUUGCCCACGGACCUCGACAACUCCACAGGCCCUACACAGAGGUUCCACCAAGCCUUCCCCUUCAGGACCACUGCCGCCCCACCUCACUGCCCGUUCUGCGACGCGGCCGAUAGUCCCUCACACACUUUCUGGCUCUGUGGUCGGGCAUGCUACCUCUGGACCACCACCCUCCGCAUCUGGUUCGACCACGCCACCCCCCCCAACACAGACGACCUACAGACCUCCCUCCUCCAUGGGACUCAGCCCCCGGCUGCACCAUGA